GUCACGUUGAAUGGCAUGCUGGUCAUAUUUUGAAAUGAAUUAUUUGUACUAAAAUCAUUCAUUUAUGUAACCGACCAGUUUUAUAUAAAUUUGCUGCACCAAUUCCAAAUAAAUCAGUCAAUUAAUUGUCAACGCACACAAAUGUUCGCAUAUUUAUUUUGUCUUGCCGCAAUAGCGACUGUGGGAAAUGGGUUUUUGUUGGACACAGUUUUUGGCGCUCCGCCCCGAACGGUGCAGUCUCUUGAUCUGAACAAGUACCUCGGAAGAUGGUUUCAGAUGUACGCAAGUCAGUCCGUUAUCACUCUAUGGGAAAACAACGCCUUCUGCGUGACAGCCGACUACGAACUUGGCUCGAGCGGGAACGUGACAGUUCUUAAUUCGGAGCGCCUGCAGAACGCCACGGGCCCGCUAAAGGUCAUACAUGGGUAUGCCACGCCCACGGGGGAGCCGGGCAAGUUCACCGUCAAGCUGGAGAUGGUCCCCAUAGCAGCACCAUACUGGGUUCUCAAGCUCGGACCGGCGACCUAUGGCGAGACCGGUCAGUACCACUACUCGGUUGUCAGUGACAACGUCCGCGGAACGCUGUUCGUGCUGGCACGUGACCCGGAAACGUUCCGACGAGAUUAUGCUACGGAAGUGGAGGAAUUCUUGAAGAGCGCCGGAUUUACGCACUUUUACAACAAAUAUAUUAUCACGUACCACGGAAUGGACUGUGUGUAUAACGCAAAUCAUCACUAAAAUGUUAAUGAUGAUUUCGUCCGUUGCCUGUACUUGUUUUGAAAUUGCAUGUCAUUUUAUACGAAAUACAUUGACAAAUUA